AAGGGUCCUUGCAAAGGGCGUGUUUACGUCGACGUCACAGCGGUUUGUCGAAAGCAGAGCUCACAAUAUAAUCAUACCAACAUCAUGUUCCAUGGGAUUUCAGUUACAGGAGGUGUAGGAGGAGCACCGGCCAACAAACCGGAGUUAUAUGAGGAAGUGAAAUUAUACAAAAAUGCAAGAGAACGAGAGAAGUAUGAUAACAUGGCAGAGCUGUUUGCUGUGGUCAAGACUCUUCAGGCUCUGGAGAAAGCUUACAUCAAAGACUGUGUCAAACCUAAUGAGUACACUGCAUUUUGCUCCAGACUCUUGGUUCAGUAUAAGGCUGCUUUCAAACAGGUGCAGGGGUCCGAUGUGGGCUCCAUCGAUGACUUCUGCAGAAAGUACAGACUUGACUGCCCACUAGCCAUGGAAAGAAUAAAGGAAGAUCGACCGAUUACCAUUAAGGAUGACAAAGGAAACCUGAACCGCUGCAUUGCAGAUAUCGUUUCUCUCUUCAUUACUGUGAUGGACAAGCUAAGAUUGGAGAUCAGAGCAAUGGAUGAGAUCCAACCAGAUUUAAGAGAGCUGAUGGAAACCAUGAACAGAAUGAGCAACAUACCCCCAGACUUUGAGGCCAAGGACAAAGUCAACCUCUGGUUGACCACCCUCAGCAGCAUGUCCGCGUCAGACGAGCUGGACGACAGUCAGGUGCGUCAGAUGCUGUUUGAUCUGGAGUCGGCCUACAAUGCCUUCAACCGCUUCCUCCACUCCUCAUAAAUAAUUUGUUCAUUUUUGGCAUGUCUUCUGAUUUUAACGCCUGUUAAAAGUUUACAGAUGUUUUUCGAGUAAACUUCUCAAUAUCUCCUGCCUGCUUAACAGACAACAGUCAUCCUGUUAAACAAAAAAAAUAUUCAGUUUGCUUUCUUUUUUGGGUGUGGGAAAUUAGUGUCUUUGCAUAUGGGUUUGUUUUAGUCUGAUAUCCUGUAAAUUACAUUAUAUAUACAAAAUCAUUUUUUGUUUUCUGUAAAGUUGAAACAUGACUGCCCUCCAUCUUCAUCUUUCUCAUGUACUGAGAUGCAUCAGCAGUCUCUUUUUCUUGGCAAAUUGUGUGAUAAAUCAUUUAACAUGGGGUUUCUGCUAUAUUUUUAAAAUAAUUAUUUACCUUGCAGGUCUUAUUCUAUACUUGUGUUUUAGAGAACACCACUGGAUACUGUACACAGGAAGAGAAGCUCCCAGUAACUUACGUCUUUUUUUUGUUGUUGUUUUCACAAAGAAUGAUCAGAUUCCCCCCCCCCCCCCCCCCCCCCCCACACACACACACUCCUUUAUUUUUUUCUCCUUGUCUUUUUGGUGCUCUACCUGGAUGUAGAUGUGCAUUUAUACUUUAUUAGAUGUGCAUUUAUAUUUUUUUGUGCACCAUUUUUGUUUUCUAUCAGACUAUCUUUUCUUGAGGGAUCCUUACAGUAGCAUUUGUCAGGAGCAUAAAGGAAGGUUACAUAAGGCAGAAUCUGCUGCAUUAGUUGAUGUAUUAUAAUAGUCUGACCCUGAAGUCGUCCUUUUGGACUUCGAGAAGACCCUGAAGUAGUCCUUUUGGACUUCGAGAAGAUUAGCAUGCACUUCAGAUUAAUCAUUUAUUAAAAUUAUGGAGAGAGUAAUAGUUAGUUGUUCUGUAUAUUCGUGUAUAUUUCUCAGCACUGUUUUCUGGUAACAUUAUUAAUCCAUAUUUAGUUUAGAAGUGAGGGAUUGGCAACAUUUAAUCAGGUAAAAUAGAGGCGACCUCCAAAUAUUUUGCUUAAUAAAUAUGUUUCAGUCUUCAAACACCAGUAGAGAAAACAUAUUUAUUGCAAAUGUUCAUUGUAAAUAAUAGUUGUGACUUUUAAAUAAAUGCAUCUAUCACUUUUAAAAAAAAUAAAGGUU